CCGCUGCUGGAGUGGGUGACGACUGCGCGCAUGCGGCCGGUGGCGGUGCAGAGCAUUCUGGAGCAGCACUGCAGCCCAGGGGUGCGGCGGAUUGUGGCGGCGGCGGCGCGGCUGGCGGAGGCGGAGCAGGAGGAGCAGUCACGGAAGGGCAAGGGUGGUGGCGGCGGCAUUCUCAUCACCUCAGCGCACCUGGCCCUGGCAGCACUGGCGGAGCAUGAUGGCGAUGUGGACUGCGCCGCCGCCCUGGGUGUGCUGCACCACUCGCAGGCGGGUCUGUCGCGUCGGCGCUGUGCGGAGGUGCUGGCAGAGCGGGCGGCGCAGGAGCGGCGCUGGCGGGAGGAGGAGACGCGGCAGUACGAGGACAGUGGCAGUAGCAGUGGCACAAGCAUUUUCUCCGCCCCCGCGCUGCACUUCGUCUUCCAGUCCUAUCGCUGGGCCGUGUUUAAGGGCUGCGACAAGGUCCAGCCCUGCCACCUGCUGUGGGCGCUGGCGGCAGACCCCCGGCUCAGCUACAGCCCCCUCCGCACCGACCCGCUGGAUGGGCGUGUGGCGGCGGCGGAGGUGCGGGAGCCGCCGCUGGUGUGGCUGCUGCAGCAGUGCUCCGAGACGCUGCCCCGCCCGGCGGCGGUGUACGAGCAGCUGCUGGGCGUCGUGCAGCUCGGCCUGCAGCGGCAGGUCGCUGCUGCGAGCUUCGCGACUGCCACCGCGUUUGCUUGUGGUGGAAGCACCACCGGGGCUGGCGGGAAGUUUGCCGGGGCCUAUGGCGGCCUCAUUACCCAAUUGGACGGACUGGCGGGCUGGCCCAGCACUGAGCGUUCCCUCGAUGACCUUGCGGCGCUGCUGCGCGCCUGCCGGCUGGCGGGUCACGUGCCCAGCCGCCAGCAGCUGCAGGCAGCGGACAGACUACUCGCGCGGUGCGUGAUGCAGCCCCGGGGCACCUUUGUCCCCAGCUUCUGGCACGGCCGGUGGCCAGCUGUGGUUGAGCUGGCUGAAGCCUUUGCUGCGCUCGGCCGGAAAAUGGUGGCAGUUGACGAGUUCGACGUAAACAGAGGCCUAGAGCACAGCCGCCUGCAACCAGCAGCAGCAGUAGUAGCAGCAGCAGCAGCCACCGAUGUAUUCGACCGGGUCCAGGCACUGUGCCGUGCGGGGGCAGCUUUGCGCUUCUGCUUUGCCACGGAGCUUUUCACGGACACACGUAUCCCGGGCGGGUUGCGGCGAGAGUCAAUGGCCAUGGCGACGGCGGCGCCAGCGAGCGCCCCUUUACGCGCGCGGGUCCUGCAGGCGCUGCUGGCGGUUACGGACCUGCCUGCUGACGUGCCCUGGCUGCCCACACUGGCUGCGGAGCUGGCCGACGCGGCCGCAGCGCAUGCAGACCCUGAGGACAUGGCAGCACUUAAGACAGUUAGGGAGACACGGCCCGUCUCGGGUGAUACGGCCCGUAUUGCGGUGUGCGUGGCACUGCAGACCGACACCGGCCUUGCUGCUCGCUGGCGGGCUGGUGGGCUGCAACGGCAGGAUGGUGUGGAUGUGGAUGUGGAUAUGGAGGCGGUGGCAGCGGUGGCGGCGAGCCUGCGGUGCGGGAUGCCGCUGCCAGCACGCGUGCAGCUGCUGCAUGCGCUUAACGAAAUCCGCAAGCAUGGCAAUAUGCCAUCUUUUGUGGUGUGGCUGCAUGCCGUCCUGGCGUCAUCCAUAGACCUGGACAGCAGCAGCAUCCACGCCAGCCUGCGGACUCAGCGGCGCGUGGCGGAGGCGUACGCGGCGGCGGGCUGUGGCGUGCCGGAGGGCUGGCUGCAGCAGCUGGCGUCGUACGGUGAGCUGGGCGGCGGCAGCAGCAAGGGGGCAGCGGAGGCGCUGCAAGUGGUGCUCAGGGCAGCCGCGAGCGGCAGUGGGGCACCCGCGCUCGCAUCAUGCAGUGGCGGCAACGCUAACACCAGCAGCACCAGCAGCGGCACUGCCACCAGCCAGAUGAAGGUGCUGUGCCAGCUGGCCAAACUGCUAGAACGUAACACCGCGGCGGGCUGGCUCUCGCCGCAGGCGACACAGGCGGUGCUGGGGCACUUGCAGACGCUGGCGGGGGCCGCAGCGGGCCGUGGCGGCAUCAAUAGCCUCGCCGCCAGCUGCGGUCCUGCCACCGCAAUCCUGGCACUGGCUGCCACGCGUCCGGGUACCCCGGCUGCGCUGGACCCGGAGCUGCUUAGUGCCCUGAGCGACAUGGCAGAUAUUGAGCUGCCGUGCAUGGUAGGAGGCGAGCAGCAGCAGCAGCUGGCGGCGCUGAUGAAUUGGCACACCCACAAGCAGCACUACUAGCGGCUGCGGUGCUUGCCGGCCGGCCUGGUGAUUGUGAAUACGCGCUCAACAGCCGAGGCCAGGGGCAGCGAUGCAUCCCUGCUUGUGCCUAGGCGCCGCACCAGCCGGCUGGAAGUGGAGUGCCUUUCCGCAGGGAGUGCCGCACGGGCUCCGGCGGCGGCACCCGCACGGCGGCAGCGGUAGCCGUAUGGCAAGACAGAGGCCGGCCGCCACGUAGCCAUGAAUGUAGUGUCUUGAUGGGAGACGAGUGGCCGAAUGGCCUUACUCCAUAACUGUGGAUGGCAGCUGAAAACGGCGGAGAUCGGGGCGUAGGCAUAGCAAAAAGCUUGGGCCAGGCCGGUAUGCACGCCGGUUGAAUUCUGGCGACUGGAAAAAGAGGGGAAAGAGAAACGUUGGCAAGCAGCAGGCAGUAGGGAACCAAGGACAACAUAACGGUAAUGGCCAUGGCGUAGGGGGAGCCGCAGGGGCGCCUCUCUUGAAGGAGGCGCCUUUCUUGAAGGGGCGUGCGAUGGGACAAUGUUAAGGCAGGUUGGUGAUGUCCCGUAGGGUGCAGCUGAUUCCUAGACCCCAGCAGAUGGCAAACUGUAAACAUUUUUGCAA